GAGCGGGACAGCUGAAGGGAAGCGGGAGACAACCAGCUUCAAACGAGCCAAAAUGUCACUGCUAUUAAUACACCUCAGCAACUGCUCUCCAGUCAACACACACCAUCUCACAAUGUGUGUAAAUGAGGUUUCUCUCACCUCAAAAGCUUGAGAUCUGCCCCAGUUCUCUUACUGAGCGGCAUUUCUGUUGAUGUUUUCAGCUGAGGGACAGAGGAAUGGCCAUACCGACCAUGACUGACUCCAGCAGGCUUACUGCGGUGUCCACACUGACUGACCUGAACGAUCGGACCUCAGCGUCAGACACAGAGUGUGUAGAGGAGCCUGAUCUCCAGCCAAGAGCAGAUGCAGAAGACACUGCAAUAUCAUCAUCAUCAUCAGCUGACAUCAUCGUGUCGAAGGGUGAAGAAUAUCAAACGUCUGGCUUUACAAGUAAAGAAGACAGCAACAUCCAGUCGUGCAUCAGCAGCAGGUCAGAUGCAGAAAGAGAGAAGAAAUCUACUGCUUGCCGCUUCAGAAAACGUCACAGGAAACAGCGAACAGAGAUUACAGACACGAGGAAAACAAAGAAGACGUGUAGAAAAGACAGAGCAGGAAUAAGAAGAAAUUCUCCAGUGGUUUCAGACCAGAAGACAAACGGCUCCUCAAGAUGCUCCAAAGAUCAAGCCGUGUUCUCAUCCCGACCUCAGCAGAUCUCCAUCUGUGGAAAUGUCCUCAAGAUGCUGGUGUUUCCUGUAUCUGCCUUCACAAGCUGGAGGUCACUACUCCAGGAGACUGUAAUACCCACAAUCCCUUUGUCAAAACUGAACGAGACCCUGAAUCUGUCUGCAACAGCUUUGAGGAAGUGUCUGAAGACUCAGAUUUGGAGUAAUACAUGUCUGCACACUCUACAGCGGCGACUGCAGGGUCCAGAUUGAACGCUUUAGACGACCUUGAAUUUGACUUGACUUGUAUUUUAGAGACUGGGAAAGGAGAGGGGAUGGAGCAGAAACCGAGCAGGGUUACAGUCCAGCCGAAGCUGAGUGGGGCUCUGAGUGAUCAUGGGACUCUCACUGUACCACAGACAGAAGAACCAGCGGCUGGGAUUCAGACGGCUGUCGUUCAGAGGCUCUCGGUGAUAAUAAAUGCCCAGACGGAUGGCCUGAAGUGUUUGUGCCAGGAUUUGAGGGCUGCUUUGACUGCUGGGAUGUAGUUUGCAGAGACACUGUGCGCGAUUCCAGCUCUAUUUGCUCCAGACGGGAUACAGGUGAACCGUGGGGUGUCGUGACUCAAAUGGACCGCCGACAUUUCUCUGAGCUUUUCUGUGAGAUGGUUAAAGAAGUGAUGCAAGAGAAAGACACAGAGGAAAUGAACGUAAACGAGGGGUUUCUGUUCCACCCUAAACAGGUGUGUGACUAAAGUCAUUAAUGCAGGUUGACAAUUGACAAGAUAUACAUAUAUAUGUAUAUAAAUUGGGCCAAAUAAUAAGGUAUUGCCUGAUAUUGUAUAUUUAAUUGUUCAUGCUCAUUUACCAUAUUUUUACAUUUA